UGCGUCGUAGCACGGAUCCGAGACCACCGCUGCAUUGCAGCAUCGACCGGUUCUUUUUUUUUUUCCCCCGACCUCGGAGUAGGCACCCCCCGUACCUUCGCGUGGCGGCGCGACCGCCCCUCUCGACGCACCCUCUCCCGCGUCUUCUCUUCUCUGGGUAUCGCGCCACCACCGACGAUGGAGGCUUCGAUCGACACCCCCGACAGUUUUUCGCAGGACGCUUGUUGCUUCUGUAUACGAGCCACGAACAUGAACUCGCCCUGACCGCAAAUCUCGUCGCUUGAGACGUACCUGCGUCGCAUUUGAUUCUAUUAAUGGGAUCGUUCCUUGUUCGUCGCAGUGAAUAAAUUGUGUCGAAAGUGUCACCUCGAAUACAAUAAUUCUCGUAAUGAACGUUAAACCGAUCGCUAAUUAUGCCAGGUACACGUUAUCGAUAAAUGCGAGCACCAUGUAAUGCGCGAGUCUUAUAUAUUGUCGACUAUUCAAAUUCUUUGAAGCAUUCAAUGUGAUUUAUUCGAAGACUUAUCGAAAAAUUAAUUGAUUAAAAAUAUAUUAUUUUUAUAUUCUCUGUGUAAUACGUAAAGAUCUUUUAUGUAUAUUAUUUUUGUUGUAUUAUUAUAUAUUUUAACAUAAUUAUUUGAAAUUAUUUGAAAACUGAUACGUGUAUAUAUAGGCUACAUCAUAGAAUUAAACCAUUGCAUGAUGAUCGAUUGAGAGAGCUCUCGCUCUUCCUUCAAAUCUGCUUCGAGGGAUGAUGAUUGACCGGCAAUGGCAACUUUGCGGGCGCGCGAACGCACCGCGGAUCUCGAAGGCGUUCGCGAAGGACCGCGGCAUAUCCGCGCCGUUCCCAUCGUAACCUGAAGAUACAAAUAUAGGCAAAAGAGCGUUCGUUCUGCGUGUCCUGCGAGCUCCUGAGAUCUCCUUCCCGCGUUCUGCAUUUCCCGCAGGCAUCGCGAGAAGGCCGCGCCGCGGAUCGCGAACUGUCCCUCCGAUGAGCAAGAGCUACCUGUCGCUCGCAUCGAAAGGGCAUCCCACGAAGGAUCAGCGAGGCGAGGAUGAAGUCCGAGAGAAACAACGGAUAUCUACGAACCACUACCGUCGUCGCCGAACAGCCGGCCGAUCUGUCAGGAUCGGGAUCGAUUGCUCAGGACGGUGCCCCCACUGCGAAUUCUCUUCAAGUGACUUAUGGUCCACGUGGCGGUACUACCACAUCCGUUCUCCAACAUCCGGUCAAGCCGCAAAGGCCAAUCGGUAUAACACGUGCUACCUCAAUUACACGAAGACGAAGAGGGACAGCGAGUAGACAACGUUUACUUGGUGUGUUGGCUAUCACUUUGCUGGCAAUUUGCCUCUUCAUACUUCUGCUAUUGGCGUUAAACACCAGCCGUGAAUGCGUCCGAGAGCCUCAGCCGAACGUUUGUAUGACGGAAGAAUGCGUCCGAACAGCGGCGAGUUUAUUAACGGCGAUGGAUAGUACCGCGGCGCCAUGCGUAGACUUCUUUCAAUACGCCUGCGGCACAUGGAAUCGAUUGCACGUGAUACCGGAGGACCGAAGCUCCGUCAGCACCUUCGAGAUACUGGCCGAUCAGCUGCAGGUGAUCCUGAAGCGCCUACUCGAAGAGCCGCCUAACGCGGACGACAAUAACGCUACUCUCAAAGCGAAGAUGUUCUACAGGUCGUGUAUGGACAUCCCUCGCAUACGUGAGAUCGGGGACGCCCCGUUGAAGAAGAUCCUGGAGCGUCUCGGUGGCUGGCCGGCAGUGGUAGGAGCGUCUUGGAAAUCGCCGCCUUAUCCGCUGGAAGUCCUUCUAGGUCGUCUACGCGGCGAGUACAACGAGGGUGUGCUGCUGGAACAAUGGGUCGGUCCAGACGAUAAGAAUUCCUCGGCCAACAUCCUCCAGUUGGAUCAGAUGCAAUUGGCAUUGCCUAGCAGAGAUUAUUACUUGAAAAAGAGCAGCGAAGCCGAAUUGAAGGCUUAUCAUAAUUAUAUGACGAGCGUCGCUAUCUUGCUUGGUGCGAAUCCUUCUUCGGCAGGAGAGGAGUUUAAUCGAGUGAUCGUUUUGGAGAAACAGCUUGCCAAUGCUUCAUUACCGGAAGCGGACAGGCAUGAUACUUCGGCGAUUUACCGGAAGUUAACAUUGCGAGAAUUGCAGCGAGAAGUACCACAGCUACAGUGGCUCAUUUACUUGCGAGAGUUCAUGAGCGUGCCAAUCGACGAAGAUGAACCAGUCGUGACAUAUGCAAUGCCAUAUUUCGUGCAGAUGGGCCGUAUCAUCUCAAAGACGGAUCGCAGGACUUUACACAACUACAUUCUGUGGCGGCUCGUUAUGUCAAUUAUGCCUCACAUGAUCAACGAGUAUCAACAAAAGCGGAUUGAAUUCCGUAAAAUUCUGCUGGGAAUUCUCAGCGAAAGAAAUAGAUGGUCGCAAUGCGUCGAAUGGACCAACAAAAAACUUGGAAUGGCGGUAGGGGCUCUUUUUAUACGCGACAAUUUUAAUCACGAGAGCAAGGAGACUGCUCUAGAGAUGAUUCGAACGAUUCGCGAGGCUUUUAAUGAAUUGCUGACCGAAAAUCAUUGGAUGGACGACGAGACCCGGAUGGUGGCGAAGAAAAAGGCCGACUCGAUGAACGAGCGAAUCGGAUAUCCGGAAUUUUUGAAAGAUCCAGUCGAACUCUGUAUAGAAUACGUGAUGCUAAACAUAACGGAAAAUCGCUUUCUGGAGAACAUCUUUGCCAUGCUCAAAUACGACGCUUAUCAUAAUCUGCAAAAGUUGCGAAAGCCGGUCGACAAGAAUAAAUGGUCGACUGAGCCUGCUGUGGUGAAUGCUUUCUACAAUCCCAACAAAAAUGAUAUAGUAUUUCCCGCGGGGAUUCUACAGCCGCUUUUUUACUCUCAGCACUUCCCCAAGUCCUUAAAUUAUGGCGGUAUUGGUGUAGUGAUCGGUCACGAGAUUACUCAUGGUUUUGACGACAAGGGUCGUCAAUUCGACAAGGACGGCAACAUGAUGCAAUGGUGGAACAAUGCCACUGUCAGGGCAUUUCGCGAAAGGGCGCAAUGCAUCGUAGACCAGUAUUCUAGAUACAAGUUGCAGGAAGUGAAUCUAUAUAUCAAUGGUAGAAUGACUCAAGGAGAAAAUAUCGCCGACAACGGCGGUCUCAAGCAGUCCUUCAGGGCUUACAAGAAGUGGGUCUCUAUCCAUGGCGAAGAACCGUUGCUGCCGGGAGUGAAUCUCACGCACGAUCAGUUGUUCUUCCUCAAUUACGCGCAGAUCUGGUGCGGUUCCAUGAGGCCGGAGGAUGCUCUCACGAAGAUCCGCAGCAGCGUGCAUUCGCCCGGUCCGGUACGGGUGCUGGGUCCCCUGUCAAACAGCGAGGACUUUGCCAAGGCUUACAGCUGCCCGCUGGGCUCGCCGAUGAAUCCCAAAAAGAAAUGCAGCGUUUGGUAGCUCGUGCUCCUUUCGGUGAUAUAUGAAAUAUAUCACCUCGAUGUAUAAUCAAAAUUGCACAAGAUGAGGAUCGUAGAAGCUAAAAAUUCCGAGCCACACACGGGACCUGAGAGCCUGCGUCCUCUGACCGCGCAUUUAGCGUUAAAGAAUGUUAAAUUUAAUCAUUAUCUUGUACAUUUUGCAUGAAUUCAAUGAGAUAUUAAUAUCCAACAGAACUCGAAUGCGUUGAAAUAUAUUUUAGAAAAAUAAAAAAAUUUAGAUUUGCAUUUAAGAGGGAGCUUUACAUUCUCCCGAUCCUUCAGCUAACGCUAAAUGCGCGACAGGAAUAUGUGGCAAAAAAUCAUAUAAGAUUAUAAACGUAUCAUGCCCGAAAAUUUCAAGGAUCCGCGGAUUCCUUUAUCACCCUUGCAUAGCACGGUAUUGCUUGUUUUUGUGUAAUAAGCGAGACGAAAUAAAAAAUGAUGUUAUGAUUG